GGUCCCAUUGCCGACAUCCUGCAGCAGGCCCUCCUCCCUGUGGUUGGCCACUCCACCUGCACCAGGUCUGACUGGUGGGGCAGCCUGGUGACCAACAACAUGGUCUGUGCUGGAGGAGACGGAGAGCUGGCUAGCUGCAACGGAGACUCUGGUGGUCCCCUGAACUGUCAGAACUCUGAUGGCUCCUGGGACGUUCAUGGUGUGGUGAGCUUCGGCUCUAGCAUGGGCUGCAACUACCCCAAGAAGCCCUCCGUCUUCACUAGAGUCAGCGCCUACAUCCCCUGGAUCAACAACGUGAGUGAUAAA